AUGAGAUUUGUUACGUCUGCAAUCGCUCUCCUUGCCUCAACCCAGCUGGCCUCCGGCUACACCAUCAAGGCCGACGGCGUCAACUGCCGCUCCGGACCUGGUACCAGCUACAGUGUUGUCCGCUCAUACAACAGCGGCAACGAUGUCACUCUCUCCUGCCAGACCUCCGGUGAGACCAUCAAGGGCGACUCUCUCUGGGACAAGACCCAGCACGGCUGCUAUGUUGCGGAUUACUACGUCCAGACUGGCACCAGCGGCUAUGUUGCCAAGAAGUGCGGAUCCACCGGCGGCGGUGGCUCUACUGGCGGCGGUUCCUCGAGCGGAUACUGCAAGAGCGUCAACGCCGCCUCGCUCAACCUGAUCAAGGAGUUCGAGGGCUUCGUCAAGAGCCCGGCUCCCGAUCCUAUCGGUCUGCCCACCGUCGGCUACGGCCACCUGUGCCAGACCAAGGGCUGCAAGGAGGUCAAGUACAAGUUCCCGCUGACCCAGGCCACCGCCGAGGCUCUGCUCAAGGACGAUAUCCCCAAGUACACGUGCCUGGGCAAGUACCUGAACGGCAAGGUCAAGCUCAAUGACUACCAGUGGGGUGCGCUGGUGUCGUGGGUGUUCAACGUUGGCUGCGGUAAUGCCAAGUCGUCGAACCUGGUCAAGCGCCUGAACGCUGGUGAGAACCCGAACACUGUUAUUGCCGGCGAGUUGCCCAAGUGGAACAAGGCUGGUGGCCGUGUUCUGUCUGGCCUGACGCGCCGUCGCAAUGCCGAGGUCAAACUUGCCAAGACCCCUUCAUCGAAGCAGGCUUAUCCUAGCUGCAAGUGAACAGACUUUAUUCAUUCUCUCCUUCCGGUUAUAAUGGUUAAAUGCUAUAUAAUCUAGCGC